UGAAAGUGAAUCUUCACCUAGUUCAAGCUCUGCACGAAUCAUUUGUCGUCAUGGAAGCGGCUGUCGUGACAAAAAUGAUCGUCAGCAUUGCUCAAAAUUUUCACAUCCAGAUGAAAGUGAAUCUUCACCUAGUUCAAACUCUGCACGAAUCACUUGUCGUCAUGGAAGCGGCUGUCGUGACAAAAAUGAUCGUCAGCAUUGCUCAAAAUUUUCACAUCCAGAUGAAGAUCGAAAUCAAGGUCAUAGAGGCUCAAAUCAAGAUAAAACGUCAUGUCGACAUGGUAAUAAAUGCUUUGAUAAAAAUCCUCAACAUCGCUCUAAAUAUUCGCAUCCAGACAAAAAAUAG